CUCCCGCCUGCUCGGGUCCUCUGGCUGGCGGGCUCCAGCCCUAGCCCCGGGCCGUAGCGCAAGAGUUAACUGGCGCAGCUAGGAGCGCCUGAGGAGGAAGGAAGGAAGGAAAUUGCUGCGGUCCUGAAAGUUUUUUUUUUUACUUCUCUCUUCUUUGUCCCGCAGAGGUGAGUGCCGAGAGGCUGCGGCGGCUGCGGCACUGGCUUUCCGGGGGCUGGGCUUGCGCUCCGCUCCUGCAGCCCUCCCUGGCCUGCCCGGGGACCGCGCAACGUCGCGCUCGGACCUCCACCGCGGAUCUCUCUGGAGCGCGUGCGGCGAGCCAUGGACGGCGCAGACCUGGCCGGGAAGAUCCUGUCCACCUGGCUGACGCUGGUGCUCGGCCUCAUCCUGCUACCUUCGGCCUUCGGUAUUAUCCAAAGAGAUGAGUCACCCAUGGAGAAAGGGCUCUCUGGUCUGCGAGGAAGGGACUUUGAGCUCUCUGACGUGUUUUAUUUCUCCAAGAAGGGGUUGGAAGCCAUUGUGGAAGAUGAAGUGACCCAGAGGUUCUCCUCAGAGGAGCUAGUGUCAUGGAAUCUCCUCACAAGAACCAACAUAAAUUUCCAGUACAUCAGCCUGCGACUCACUAUGGUGUGGGUGCUGGGUGUCUUAGUACGCUAUUGUGUCCUACUGCCUCUGAGGGUUACCUUGGCUUUUAUUGGGAUCAGUUUGCUGGUCAUUGGAACUACGUUGGUUGGGCAGCUGCCAGACAGCAGCCUCAAAAACUGGCUGAGUGAACUGGUGCAUCUGACUUGCUGCCGGAUCUGUGUGCGAUCCCUGUCUGGUACCAUUCAUUAUCAUAACAAGCAGUACAGACCCCAGAAGGGCGGCAUUUGUGUUGCGAACCACACCUCCCCAAUAGAUGUUUUGAUCUUGACGACAGAUGGAUGUUAUGCCAUGGUUGGCCAGGUUCAUGGUGGAUUGAUGGGAAUUAUUCAGAGAGCUAUGGUGAAGGCUUGUCCCCACGUCUGGUUUGAACGCUCGGAAAUGAAGGACCGACAUCUGGUUACUAAGAGAUUAAAAGAACAUAUUGCGGACAAGAAAAAAUUACCCAUAUUAAUCUUUCCUGAAGGAACCUGCAUCAAUAAUACUUCAGUGAUGAUGUUUAAAAAGGGAAGCUUUGAAAUUGGAGGAACCAUCCAUCCAGUUGCCAUCAAGUAUAACCCUCAGUUUGGAGAUGCAUUUUGGAAUAGCAGUAAAUACAAUAUGGUGAGCUACCUGCUUCGAAUGAUGACCAGCUGGGCCAUCGUCUGCGACGUGUGGUACAUGCCUCCCAUGACCAGAGAGGAAGGAGAAGAUGCAGUUCAGUUUGCGAAUAGGGUGAAGUCUGCUAUUGCUGUACAAGGAGGGCUGACUGAACUACCCUGGGAUGGAGGUCUGAAGAGAGGAAAGGUGAAGGACACCUUUAAGGAAGAACAGCAGAAGAAUUACAGCAAGAUGAUUGUGGGCAACGGCUCUCUGAACUGAUGACACCUUGUAGAAAAUCCUGGCUUCCCAGAGAACUUUCCUUAGAAAUGGAAUGGGUUUUGGGGGGCAGUGUAUUUUGUUUUGUUUUGCUGUUUUUAAAAAGUUGUUAAUCUUUUCUACAGGAUGAUUGUUUCUACCUCUUUAUGCCAGAGGCAGAACCUACAGGUGCCCUUUUGGCUUUCAAUGUUGUUAUAGCAAUAGCCCCAUGAACUAAUUGUUAGGUAGCUUACAGAGUUAAAGUUUUGUCUUUUGUAAAAUGAUUGAAUCAUCAUUGAACAAAAUAUUUAUGCAGGAAAAAGUGCUUUUGAAGUGUGUUUGGUACUUGUUGAUAUGAUAAUUCUCGAAAAAUACUCCAAACUCUGUUUUCAUAAUUAGCAUCUGCCCUGCCUUCGAACUCCUCAACGGUAGGUUGAUGCACACAGCUAGGGCUGGUUACCUUUGUGUUCUGUUCUACCUAGCAUGAGUUUGGAAUGUCACCUGACCUGAAAGUGAAAAGAAAAUGCAACUUAUUUCUUACUUCUGUAUUGCAAGAGAAAUGCUAGUUAGCUUCACCAAAGAAAAGUGAGUCAAAUAUGCCUAUGCAUUUACAUGUAGGCAACUCCCAAAUCAAUACUUUUUUAGUUAGCAACUGGUAAUAAAGAGCUUAGAUAGUUUUCCUCAUCUGUGCCCAAAUCUAAGUCUCUGUUCCCCUGAAUCUAUGGAUUGGUUUUUUUUGUUUGUUUUAAUUUUUUUUUUUUUUUUUUUUUGGUAACAACACAUUUUCAAGUAGAAGGAGCCUUUAAAAAAGGAGUCACAGUAAGUGUUGCUGGUAUGGAUGAGUGAAUGCAUGUGGAGCCACCCCUCACCUGCACCUCUUUGUGGUUAAUUCCUGAACUUUCCUAGUCUCUUAAGCAGAAAAAUGAGUGGUAUGAUUACCUUUUAGAAACUGAGCCUUAAAAUUUUUACAGGGGGGAAGUGAGUGCCCCACUGACUCAGCAUAAGCAACGUGUGAUAGCAAAGGUAUGCCUUUAUAUAAAUGCUCAAGAGUGUUCUCUCUCUUCUGGUAACCAUGUACAGAAUGUGAAACCGUCGU